GUUUAACAGUCUCCUGUCUGUCACAGAGAGACAGAACUACCUGAUCAUUUUUUCAUCAGAACAAUUCAUCAUGCUGAGCUGAAUGUCUGCUGCCCUCAAACUGGGGUUAGCUGUGAAAGAGCCCAGGAGAGCCAGUGUUCUAAAGAGAGGAUGGUUUCCCGGACACUGUGGUAUGUAAAGUUACAGCUUGGUGACACAAAACGCCUCCUAGGUAUAAAUCCUAACAGUCAGAGUUCCGUGGCAUGUACAAGUCUUAAAACUUCUGCGUGAGGCAACUCCUACUACCUUUGUCAGAGUGCAGCCAUAGGUGCCAGCAAGUCUCAAGACCAUCCAGAAAUUACCACAGGUGGACCCAAGUCUCCAGACCGAACAAUGUGAUUGAGCACUGAAGACCAUGGAGAACUCAUCUGAGGUCACUUUCUUCAUUUUGGCAGCCUAUGGGGAUCUCGGAAAAAGGAAAUAUUUUUAUUUCUGCGUUGUGCUCCUUCUGAAUCUCACAAUUAUUUUGACAAACAUUACUAUUAUUUCAUUGAUAUUUGUGGAUAGGAGCCUACAUGAACCCAUGUAUGUGUUUCUGUGUAAUUUGUUUUUGAAUGAAUUGUAUGGAAGCACUGCCUUGUUUCCUGUUCUAUCAUUACAUAUAUUAGCAGACACUCAUGAAAUUUCCAGAACUUUUUGUGUUUUGCAGAUUUUUUGCUUGCAUACAUAUGGAUCUAUAGAAUUCUGUAAUUUAGCUGUUAUGGCUUAUGACAGGUAUCUGUCCAUCUGUCAUCCACUACAUUACAGCAGCAGGAUGACUUCUUGCAAAGUAUCCUCAUUAGUUGUGUUCAUCUGGCUGUUUUCAUUCAUCAACUUUACAGUUAUUCUGUCUUUGCAACUACGUUUACCAUUGUGUGGGAAUAUCAUAGAUAAUAUUUUUUGUGGUAACUAUUUUUUGGUCCAACUUUCCUGCGUGGACACAUUGCUAAACAAUAUUUAUGGACUUUUUGCUUCAGUUUUGACGGUUACUGUCCCUUUGAUCCCCAUUUUGUAUUCCUAUGCAAACAUUCUAAGAAUCUGUCGUAAAUCACCCAGAGAAGCUCAGGUCAAAGCUUUAAACACGUGCGUUCCCCAAGUAUUAUCAAUCCUGUACUUCGCAGUGUCUGGUAUCUUACAAACUGCCCAAAGAAGAUUUGAUAUGAUACAUAAUCCCCAAGCCUCUCAUGUUUUUUCGGUGUGCUUACUAACAUGUCCUCAACUUCUUAAUUCGAUCAUGUAUGGAGUCAGGCUGGCAAGAAUAAGGGAAGCUUUUAAAAACAGGUUCUUUCCUAACAGCGCUGUGUAAUUGUCACUAAGUAUAGGUUUAUAAACCUUGUUUUUAGGCUUUCAAGUCAUUUGUUUUUUUUGUGACAAAGCAGGCACAUUUUGCAACGUUUGAUGAUGCAAGAACUCUGUUUUUCGAAAAAGUAACAAAGCAAAUGUGGAGAUAUGUGUUCUUACUUGUGUCAUAACGUUUUUGUGGGCUGAAAUACCAGCACAUUAGAAGCACACAAUAGGGAUUUCAAAACGGUUCAGAUGUAUCAAUUCAUUCUUGAAGCGCAUUCGAAUUGUUGCCAAAGUCUAUACAGUGCUCUUGAUAAAGAUGAACAAGAGAGACUACAGUGUUGAAAAUGACAAAUGGAAAUACUCAGCUAUAUUUCAGUCCUCAAACAUUGGAAAUAUUCUACUUUAAUUAUGGUUCAAUGGAAUCAAACAAAAUAAUGCUGUUCUCAAAUUAUGCAUUUAUUUAACAAAACAAGCACCUGAAAACAGGGGUCUGAAUAUGUUGUUGAAGAUACUAUCCAUUUCUCUGUACAGAAUCUUUCAAGUUGUUUCAGGUCUACACUUGUGGACUGCCCUCUUUAAUUUUUUAAUUUUCGAUUGGGUUCAAGUCCGGUGUC